GAAAACCGGAAGUAGCAUGACUCCUUCAGGUCACUUACAGUUUGUUUGCUCAGUUUAGCACAGCCAAAAAUAUAGCCCAGAAGAGGAUCGGCUAGCAGGAGCGCCCACUGCCACAAAACCAGUGCCUCUCUCGGAGUCACCGGCUCUUCACCGUUGUCAUCGUUGAGCCCCGGUUCGCGGAGAUGACCGAGCUAAGGCACCGUGGAGCGAAAGACGGUGAUCCGACCCUGGAACAGCAAGCGUCCGAGGACAAGGGGUCAGACAGUGAGCUCAAGGCAGAGAAGGAUGGAGUGUCUGACAGUGAGUCCAAGCCUGAUACGGGGGUCCCAGAGGUGCCUGUGUCCGCCGAUGACACCCCCGAAGUCCUAAACAAGGCCCUGUCUGGUCUGUCAUCAAGGUGGAAGAACUGGUGGGUGAGAGGCAUCCUGACACUAGCCAUGAUCUCGUUCUUUUUCUUCAUCAUUUACCUGGGGCCCAUGGUGCUCAUGAUGAUCGUCCUCUGUGUCCAGAUCAAGUGCUUCCAAGAGAUCAUCACAAUUGGAUACAGUGUGUACCACUCCUACCACCUGCCCUGGUUCAGGACGCUCAGCUGGUACUUCUUAUUGUGUGUGAACUACUUCUUCUAUGGGGAGACAGUGACUGACUACUUCUUCACACUGGUGCAAAGAGAGGAGCCACUACGUAUACUCAGCAAAUACCACCGCUUCAUAUCAUUCGCCCUCUACCUCAGCGGUUUCUGUAUGUUUGUGCUCAGUCUGGUGAAGAAGCACUACCGCCUGCAGUUUUACAUGUUUGGUUGGACCCACGUGACUUUGCUGAUUGUGGUCACACAGUCUCACCUCAUCAUUCACAACCUGUUUGAGGGCAUGAUCUGGUUCAUUGUGCCCAUCUCCAGCGUGAUCUGCAAUGACAUUAUGGCCUACAUGUUUGGAUUCUUCUUUGGUCGUACUCCACUAAUUAAGCUUUCUCCUAAAAAAACAUGGGAAGGAUUCAUUGGAGGGUUAUUCUCCACUAUUGUGUUCUGUGCUCUGCUUUCGUAUGUGAUGGCGGGGUACCGGUACUUCGUGUGUCCUGUGGAGUUUAAUAACGACUUGAACAGUUUCCAGGUGGACUGUGAGCCUUCAGAGUUGUUUCAGCUACAGGACUACGCUCUGCCCUCCGUCCUCGAGUCUGUCACUGGAUGGAGGACAGUGAGGCUCUACCCAUUCCAGAUCCACAGCAUCGCUCUCUCCUCCUUCGCCUCCAUUGUGGGACCCUUUGGUGGAUUCUUUGCCAGUGGCUUUAAGAGAGCUUUUAAAAUCAAGGACUUUGCCAACACGAUUCCUGGACACGGAGGCAUCAUGGAUCGAUUCGACUGCCAGUAUCUGAUGGCCACUUUUGUCAAUGUUUACAUCGCCAGCUUCAUCAGGGGCCCCAAUCCAACCAAAGUGAUCCAGCAGCUCAUGGCGCUUCGUGCCGACCAACAACUGCACAUCUUCAACGCUCUCAAGGCCCAUCUGAUCGAGAAGGGCCUGCUCCCAGCUCUGGAGGAGAUCAUCGCUUAAAAACCUACUACCCCCUACCCUGCCACACGAGGGCGCCAAGACGACAGCAGGCCAAGAUAUAAACACUCUAGACUUGGGUCGUACCAUUUCAUUUGAAUUCUGUUAUGUGAACUCUUCCACCAGUGUUGUUUGUGAAUUUUUACUGUACUUAGACACAUUUCCAUUCAAAAUUAUAUUAUUUUUUUAUCAGAGGUGGGUAGUAGUUACUUACAUUUACUUUUCUUGCAGCAUACUUUUACUCCUCCUUAAGUAAUAUUUUCAUUGAAGUAACAGUAAAACUUGAGUUAAAGUUUUGGUUACUCUUCCCACUAUAAGUAACUCUACAAUCGACAAAAGUUUUAUGUUGAUAAUAUGAAACAAUUUGAACAUUUAUGUUUCUUGCACUGCUCCUUAGAUAGUGUAGUUUUUCUUAUUUUCACACGUACAUUCUGAAAAUACCAGAUUCUGUGUAUUAACUUCAAAUUAUAAAUCAGACGUUACUCUUUAAGUUACUCUUACUUGAGAAGUACUUUUCCCAAAUACUUUAGUCUUACUCGAGUAACUUGUUGGACCACUACUUUGUACUUCUACUUGAGUCAAGUCACAUUAAUGUUAUUCUUAAGUACAAUUUCUGGCUACUCUACCCACCUCUGUUAUUCUUUGACAAACACUGAACAUAUUACAGACUUUUGUCACCGGGUAUCUACCUAAAAAAAAAAAAGGCGUGUUAUUUUUAUUGUAUGUUUCUUUUAAAAGCACUGCUUUGCCAACCUGCUGUUAUCCAGAUGUGCCGCCAAAUGUUACCUUUUAAGUUACUAAGAUGUGAUUGUUUAUAUUUAUACAUAGAUGGUUUUAUAUGGGCUAUUAUUACGUGUAUCUUAAAUGUCUGUGUGUAAUGUGUCUUACGUUUGUCACCAUAGCAUUUCGUUUCGUCUGUGCGUUUUCGCCGCCAUUUUGUGAACAGCCAAAUUUCACGCUUAUUUUUUGGCUAAAUAUUUCAAUAGGAUGAAACCUGACAAUAUUGAUAUAUUUUGAUGAUUGUAUAAAGUUUAAGGUCGUCCCUAGUUUAUGCCAAUGUUUUAUUUAUUUUCAAAUCCUUAAAGAUGUACUAUGUAACUUUUGCUUGUCUCCAUGUAGAUGUUACACAGUAUGGCAUUGUCUAUAUUGCAAUUAUUCAGUUAUAUGUGCUUUUCUUGAUAAACAUACCUUGAAAAAACAUACAUUCUUUCUGACCUGUAACUUGAUCUGGCUUCAGCUGCUUGUCUCCAUGGCGAUAGAUCAGUUUAAUGUCAUACUGUGGAAUAUCUCUGUGGAAAACGUCUUAACAGCAUUUAGCCUAUUUUACAGCACUAAAGUUACACAGUGCUCCUUUUAAAAUAACUUCAAUAUAAACUUUGUCACUGCCAACCAGAUAGAUGACAAUCAUUGGUAGUCACGGUAACCAGCUAUACACAUUGUUUAGUUGUGUGUAUCUAUGAUCGGUGUUAAUCUUAACCAGAGGAAGUGUACCGGGAGGUUAAAAUCUAACAUUUAAGCAUUGAGUUGACAGUAUUUUGUUCAAACAGUUGUUAUUUUUUGGAGUAACCUUAUUUGCUAUUCAUUGGCAAUGCUAUAUUGUGUUAUUAAUUUAAUAUUAUCAACUAUGACCAAACAUUUUCUUGUUGCAGUACCGCUAAUUUAUUUCAAAAUCUGUUCAAACUGCUGUCUCUUUUGGUCAUCCUAUUCUCAGUUUACAUUAAUAGUAACUGAUUAGCAGAGGUGGGUAGUACACUUUUUUUCUAAUUCUACUUUUCAGAGUACUUUUCUAGCAGCAUAUUUUUACUCCUUCUUGAGUUACACUUUAAGUUACUCUUACUUGCGUUAUAGUUUUCCCAAAUACCUUUUAACUCUUUGUACUUUCUAUUUGAGUAGUAAUAUUCUGAAGUAAAUUUACUCUUAUUUGAGUACAGUUUUUGGCUACUCUACCCACCUCUACUUAUUAGUUGCACCGUCUCACACAGUGCAUCAUAAUUUUACCAAUGCCAAAAUGGCUCAGUAACCUAUAUAUUUUCCCUUUUUUUUCCCAAAAUCUUUUACUUUUAAGGCAAAGCAAGAAAAAUGUUGGUUUUGUCCAUACAUGGUCAUAAUAAUAUGGCUGAUUAUUGACAGCAAAUUCAACAUAAUAAUACUUAGGGCUAAUAGUUUUGUCUCAAGUAUGAAACAUUGUGAACAGCAGGCAGUACGUGUAUAAGAACUAUUGUAAGAUUUUUAAUUUUUAAUUUUUUUUUUUAGUUUAACAGAUUCAAAUCCUUAAUAUAUAUAUUUUUUUUAAUUUAAGGAUUUCAAUAUCAGGACAGCCAAUCUGAACAUGGAAAAAACACCAUGAUUUACCCCAUCUUCAUUUUCUUUUCAUGCAAGUUUUAACAUAAUUUUAAAGGUUCACCAUGUAACUUUUUCUGGUGGAGGGAUCGCCAUGGAGAGGGUAUUACUUUGCUUUUAAUGUUCCAAUACAUAAACAUAUCCAGUAUCAAGCAUUUAUUCAAAUACAGGCUUGCCCCCACACAGAUAUGACCUGUAACUUGGUCUAGUGCUGUUGUCGGUUUGACAUUUAUCUAUUUCCAUGGAGACAUAUUGUGGAGGCAAGAUCCAGGACUCACCACCAGAAAAGUUACAUAGUACACCUUUUAUGUGCGAUAUUGUUAAGAUUCUGUAGAUUACACAAGUUAUUAGAUGAUCCACCGUUUGGAGCAGCAGACAGGAGCAAGUUCAGGAAGGUUUUCAUGUAGCAAAUUGGGACAGCAAUUCUCAAUAUUUAUUAAACAUAAAUAUAUAAGAUAGAUAAUAUAUAGCAGUUUUAAUGGAGUUAAAGGUUGUGUUUAAAUCUACAAUAUGGAACAUUGCAGGUGGAGAGUCUGCUGCCUGCUUGUUUCCAUGGAGAUGCUUUGCUUAGAGUGUUUAACAGUGUGGCAUUAAACGUAUCUAACAAAAAAAGUGAAAAGAAAUGUUUAAAAAGUGCAUUCUUAUUGUGAGCGGGGUCACCUCUCCACAGAUCUGACUUGUAACUUGGCCUUGUGGUGUCACUUGUUGGACUGUAUGAAAAUAGAUGUUUGAUGCCAUACUAGCAAUAGCAUCUCCAUGGAGACAAACAGUUGAUGAGCCCUCCGCCUGAAAAGUUACAUAUUGUGUCUUUAAAGCAAGUAAAUUAUAUAAUGUAGGAAAUAAUCUGUCAAACAUACCGAACAGCUUCAGUCUGCUUCUCCAAAACAGUACAGAAUAAUUGGUCGUCCAUUUAAAGUAUUUAUUUACCUGUUCAUAUAUAUAUUGUACAUUUAUACAGAUGCUGAGUGUAUUUUAGUUAUAUAGGGGUAUACAGUACUUUGUUGUCAUAUAGGAAACCGUAUUGCAGUAUUUCCUGUUCAGAGCUGAUGUAAUCAUUCAGGAAGUCUUGCACAGUAAUAUGAUGAGUUGUGUCUCGACAGCUUGUAGAUUCUGACGUAGAUCCACCUACAUCUUGGUUACACUGUUUUUGUCCCUAAAGCUCUUAACUGCCAUUACUAUAUUUUGUGGUACAAGUUAUGACGCCAUUUUAAAUGUGCCUGUCCUUGUAAAUGGUUUAUAAUAGGGGCUUAGUACUUUGUGAUGCUAUAACUAUACGUUGUUUUGUUUUUUGUUUUUUUUUUAUUUUAAAGGUUCACUAUGUAACUUUUUGAUGGGGUGUCAAAAGAGCAAAUAUAACUUAGAAGGCUAAAGGUUCUCACUGUAUAAUUAUUUCGAUAACUGAAGUAGUCUACUUCCUUGUUAUUGCAAACGCUAUUGUAGUUUCCUAUCGCCAUGGUGACUAGACAUUUUGGUCAUGACUGUCACGGUAAUUACUACAGUGAGUUGUUUUUUGUUCGUUUUUUUUAAUGCAUUUUUUAUUUUUAUUUUGCACCAGCCAAAGUAUUUUUUUAAUACAUUUUUUAACUUUUCUUUCUUUUUUUUAUUGAAAAAGCAUUAUUAUUUAUUACAAUAUUGUCUGAAGCAAUAUAUCACAGUUAAUGUUUAUAUUAACCCCAAUAAAAAGGCUAUUGCUUUCAUCCAAACCAUAUCUAAGGACAAACAUGUUAAAAAUGGCUACUUCUGACCACUAGAUGGAGCUGUGGUCGUAGUAGUUUGGCAUACAGUACAAUGCAUUCCCUUUUAUUAUUUUUAUUAUUAUUACUAGUAUUUGGCAUUGUCUACUGUGCCAUUUCGUGCCACUUUGAACCUUGUGAGGAAUGUAGCUAUAUGGGAGUUAGUGACCCCCCAGAUAGUGUAUAGAAACUCCAGUGAUUAUAUUUUUGCCUCUAAAAAAAUGUAUUAUUUCAGUAUUUUAUCAACUUUAAACAAAUUGUGCAAUUGUUUGUGUUGAAAUUUGUCAAGAUAAAAUUGUACUACUUGAUGCUACAACGUGCUUCUUCGCUGUAUUGUUUGAAAUAAAUGAUUCAAAACUGA